GGAGGCCGGGGCGGCUGCGCCAUUAGCAUAUGCACCUCGUCCCUCCGCAGAGAGCCGCCGCCGCCGCGGCUCGCAGCGACAGAGCGUGGCGCGGGCCGGACGCAGCCCGCAGCCGGGGCCGCCGCAGCAGCCGCCGGGGCCGGGGCCGGGGAACCGGGCGGGGCGGGGCGGGGCGCGCCGCGAGCAUGGCCGCGCGGUACCUGCGAUGAGCGGCGGGGAGCGGGCCGGGCCGCGCCGCGCGGGGCUGCCUGCCCGGGCACGGUGCUGAGGGCCCGGCGCGCCGCCGGCGGCCGCUUUCCCCCGCGUUUUUCUCCGUAGUCGCUCGGUUGCCGCGGCGCCUGCGCGCCCGCCGGGGGCGAGGGGGCGGCGGGGCCGGGGAGGCUGGCGGGCGCGGCGCGGCCGGCGAUGCGGUGCCUGGCGCUGCUCGGCCUCGUCGCCUGGGGCCUGGGCGGCGCGGCCGGGCCCGGCGGCGGCGGCGCGUCCCCGCCGCCCUGCCCGGCCUCCUGCAGCUGCGACGGCGACCGCGGCGUCGACUGCUCCGGCCGCGGGCUGGCCGCCGUGCCGCCGGGACUGAGCGCCUUCACGCACGCCCUAGAUAUCAGCAUGAAUAACAUCACAAGGCUACCGGAGGAUGCCUUUAAGAACUUUCCUUACUUGGAAGAGCUGCGACUGGCUGGCAAUGACCUUUCUUUUAUCCAUCCGAAGGCCUUGUCUGGGUUGAAAGAACUCAAAGUUCUAACCCUGCAGAACAAUCAGCUGAAGACUGUACCUAAUGAGGCCAUCAGAAGAUUAAGUGGUUUACAGUCCUUGCGUUUAGAUGCUAACCAUAUUACUGCUGUACCAGAAGACAGCUUUGAGGGUCUAGUGCAGUUACGUCACCUUUGGCUGGAUGACAACAGUUUGACGGAAGUCCCCAUCCAUCCGCUCAGCAAUCUCCCCUCUCUGCAGGCGUUAACGCUGGCUCUGAACAAAAUAACGCACAUUCCUGACUAUGCAUUUACCAACCUCUCAAGUCUUGUUGUGCUGCAUCUUCAUAAUAAUAAAAUAAAAACUAUAGGAAAACACUGUUUUGAUGGAUUAGACAACCUUGAAACCUUAGAUUUAAAUUACAAUAACAUGGUAGAGUUCCCUGAAGCCAUAAAAGCGCUCCCAAGUUUAAAGGAGUUGGGAUUUCACAGUAACUACAUUUCCAUAAUUCCUGAUGGUGCUUUUGCAGGAAACCCCCUUCUAAGAACAAUACACUUGUAUGACAAUCCUCUAUCUUUUGUGGGGAACUCAGCAUUUCAGAAUCUGUCAGAUCUGCAUUCUCUGGUCAUUCGGGGUGCCAGCAUGGUGCAGUGGUUUCCUAAUUUGACAGGAACCGUUAAUCUGGAGAGCUUAACUCUAACAGGGACCAAGAUCAGCAGUAUUCCCAUCAAUUUAUGCCAAGAGCAAAAGAUGCUACGAACUUUGGACUUGUCUUAUAACAAUAUAAAGGAACUCUCCAGCUUUAAGGGCUGCCAUUCUUUGGAAGAAAUUUCCUUACAGCAUAAUCAAAUCCAUGAAAUCACAGAUGAUACUUUUCAGGGACUGUCCUCCCUUCGUAUCCUUGACCUCAGUAGAAAUCGGAUCCACCAGAUCCACAAAGAAGCCUUCACCACCAUUGGAGCUAUUGCUAACCUAGACCUAAGUUUCAAUGAACUCACUUCAGUUCCAACUGAAGGGUUGAGUGGAGUGAACCAGCUCAAACUUGCAGGCAAUUCUGAGCUGAAAGAAGCUUUGGCAGCGAAGAACUUCGCAAAGCUCCGGUCUCUCUCUGUGCCAUAUGCUUACCAGUGUUGUGCAUUUUGGGGUUGUGAUUCUUAUUUAAACUCUAACACUGAAGAUUCCAGUCACCAAGAUCAAGGUGCCUUGAUGGAUCGCGAGAAAGCUGAUGCAGAUGUUCUAAGAAAUGAUGAAAAUGAGGAACUGAGGCAGACUAUUAUUCACUGUACACCAACAACAGGUGCUUUCAAGCCUUGUGAAUAUUUACUGGGAAGCUGGAUGAUUCGACUUACUGUCUGGUUUAUUUUUUUGGUUGCUUUGUUCUUCAACCUGCUUGUCAUGUUAACAAUAUUUGCAUCUUGUACUCCAUUGCCAUCCUCCAAACUGUUUAUAGGCCUGAUUUCUGUCUCUAACUUAUUUAUGGGAGUUUAUACUGGUAUUUUAACUUUUCUGGAUGCUGUCUCUUGGGGAAGAUUUGCUGAAUUUGGCAUAUGGUGGGAGACUGGCAGUGGUUGCAGAGUUGCUGGGUUUCUUGCAGUGUUUUCGUCAGAAAGUGCCAUUUUUUUCCUGAUGUUGGCAGCUGUUGAACGGAGCUUCUCUGCGAAGGAGAUCAUUAAAAAGGGGAAAAGCAAUCGCCAAAAACAAUUCCAGAUUGCUGCAGUUUUUGCUUUCCUGUGUGCUGCGGUAGCAGGAUGCUUACCACUCUUUCAUAAAGUGGAGUAUUCAGCAUCACCCCUUUGCUUGCCCUUUCCCACAGGAGAAACACCUUCGUUAGGUUUCACGGUAACUUUAGUGCUCCUGAAUUCGUUAGCAUUUUUGUUAAUGGCUAUUAUCUACACUAAAUUGUACUGCAACUUGGAGAAAGAGGACCUCUCCGAAAACUCUCAGUCCAGCAUGAUUAAGCAUGUCGCUUGGCUGAUCUUCACGAAUUGCAUCUUUUUCUGCCCUGUUGCAUUUUUCUCAUUUGCACCGUUGAUCACUGCAAUUUCUAUCAGCCCUGAAAUAAUGAAGUCUGUUACUUUGAUAUUUUUUCCAUUGCCUGCCUGCCUGAACCCAGUUCUGUACGUAUUCUUCAAUCCAAAGUUCAAGGAGGACUGGAAGCUGCUCAGACGUCAUAUGACGAGGAAGAGCGGAGCGGUAGCAAUUUCCGUCAAUACUCAAGGGGGCUGCGUGACGCAGGAUUUCUACUAUGACUGUGGCAUGUACACGCACUUGCAGGGUAACAUUGCCAUGUGUGAAUGUUGCGAAUCGCUCCUUUUAUCCAAGCCUGUGCCAUGUAAACAUUUAAUAAAAUCCCAUAGCUGCCCCACGCUGGCAGUAGUGCCUUGCCAAAGGCCGGACGGCUACUGGUCAGACUGUGGCACCCAGUCAGCCCACUCCGAUUACGCGGACGAAGACGACUCUUUCGUGUCGGACAGUUCAGACCAAGUGCAGGCCUGCGGGCGCGCGUGUUUCUACCAAAGCCGAGGGUUCCCUUUGGUUCGUUAUGCCUACAACAUACCAAGAAUUAAAGACUGAAGGGCUUUGCCAUCAGCUGCUCUAAGGAGAAGGUAUAAUGCUUCAUAGACGGUUACCUGUUUUGACCUUUCGACCAGGAAGCACUUUUGUAAUCUUUUUUUAGUGUCAUUUGUAAAGAAGGGAAGUGGGCAGUAAUUUCUUGAGCCAUACCUUUAAAAAUAAUAAAUUGCCCUGACUGUAAAUAAUUGGUAAACCAAAUUUGUUACCCAGUAUUUUUACUCUUUGCAAGCAAUAGUGGUUUCUUUUAUACAGUUUUUACAUGCUGAAGUCUCUUUCCAUGUUGUACUCCAGUUGUUUUUUGCUUCCGCUGUUGGCAAGGUAAGUUGUUGGGGUUUUCUUUUUUUUCUUUCUUCCUGCCAAAGCACAAUAUAAAGGACAGCUGUUAAUAUUAAAGAAACUAUUUUUAAGUGUGACUUUUCUAUAAUAAAGCAAACAACUCUGUUGCUAGCUUUGUAUACUGUCUUCAGCAUUGAAUCUCAGGAUGAAUUUUGCUGCAGGGCCAAAAAAGGGAUUCUCCCGUACAGAACUGUGAGAGUGAUACAGGAACACCACGUUUGUUUUAUGUUUCAAGCCAACAUUCAAAUUUUAAAAAGAUUUUUUUCUAAUAGAAGCACUUACAAUUUGCAAUAUCUGCAAUCUCCAUGAAAUAAGAAUAUUAACAGCUGUCAGGAAUAACAGGGUUGAACACAUUUUUCAAUGAUGAUGCAUUCCUUCAGGUAAACCACAGCACCUUCCCUCACUAUUACGCAGUGAGGACCUGCUAUUUGAAGGAAUAUCGAUUGGUCAGAUAGUACAUCAGCAGUGCUGUCAGCGUAUCCAACUCACGUUUAUAGGAAGAGACUGGUUAAUGUUUCACCAUCUGUUCAAUGGUCGUACACCCAACAAUAUCUGUGAAUAGACUGAGAUUUUAGCAAAUGGAGGGACAACAGAAAGCAAUUUUGCAACAAAAUGUGUUUUUGCCAAUCAUUUUACUGAGACUAAAGUACACUGUGCAGUGUCACUUAUUUUCAUGUAAAUCAGUGCAUUAUUUUUAAACCAUUUAAGUCCUGAGGCCCAAAUCAUUUUAACUACAAUCGGUGAUCUAUUUAUCUAUACUUAGUUUGAAAUCUGAUAAAUAAAGUUACAAAUGCAUGAUCAAGUAAUUACAUAUGUUUCUUGAGCAAUACGUUAAAUCAACAGCAAAUCCACUGCCAUCCCAGUUACUCUGGAGACAUUCUUGUUAAGAUUUAAAGCUAGAUUGCUGUUUUGAGAAUUAAACUGUAUAUACUGUUCAUAUGAUGAAUUUUUAUCUUUGUAUUGUAAAUUAUUUGAUAGAACACAUGAUGGGAAAUGUGGCUUCAGUUCAUUUUGUUAAUUAAAGCUACCUCCUAAAAUAUAGUGGCUGCCAGUAGCAGAAUGUUUAAAAUGUGGUUUAUAUACUUUUUGCAUUGUAAAUAGACAUGGUUGUAUAUUGUCACUGUAAUAAAAACAGAAUCCUUGUAUAUCAAAAUCAUGUAGUUUGUACAAAAUAUGGGAGGAUUAUUUACUGUACGCUGUUAAUUUUGUAAGCCAAAAUAUUCACAUGUAAAAACAAAAGAGAAGAAAACCACCCCAGAGUUGUUCAUUCUUAUAUUUACACUCGUAAAUAUUACAUCUGCAAUUAGCAUGGAAUGUUACACUGAAAGCAAAUAAAGGGUACAUGAAUAUUGA